CGCCCAUGUAGUCGGUAACAAGGACAUGCAGUCUGAUGUAAGCUGUUAUCGAUGUUAUUUUACAGUUAUUGAUGGGCAUUACAGUUUAACAUCAGAAGACCUGAUAAUUAAGCUUUUCAGAAGAACACGCAGCACAUCAUCAUGGUGACCUGGUGUAUCCUGAAGACACUCCGGGUAUCCUUUAGGCAGUUGGGCUGGCAGCAAAUUAGACAUGUCUUUAGUGAAACAGGACAACUGGAAGCAAAAUUUGACAGAGAUGUUUCAAGAAAACUGGAAGAAUAUUGGAAGCCACGAUUGAAAGAGCAGCAUACUAAAAAGUGCAACAAUUCAGAAGCUAACAAGGAGAAGUACUACGUGCUGUCUAUGUUUCCAUACCCCAGUGGUCAGCUACAUAUGGGACAUGUCCGUGUAUACACUAUAAGUGAUGUUAUGGCACGCUUCCACAGGCUCUGUGGAAAACAGGUCAUUCACCCGAUGGGAUGGGAUGCAUUUGGACUUCCUGCGGAGAAUGCUGCAAUAGAACGAGGUUUAGAUCCCCAACUCUGGACAACAAUGAACAUAGCCAGCAUGAAAAAGCAGAUGGACGAUCUUUUCUGUAGCUUUGACUGGGACUCAGAGCUAAAUACCAGUCAUCCUAGCUACUACAAAUGGACUCAGUUUAUUUUCCUCAAGAUGUACGAACAUGGCUUGGUUUAUCAAAAUGAGGGGGAGGUAAACUGGGAUCCUGUAGAUAAGACAGUCUUGGCUGAUGAACAGAUAGAUGAAAAUGGUCGUUCCUGGAGGUCAGGAGCAAAGGCAGAAAAAAGAUUUCUCCGACAGUGGUAUAUAAAGACAACUGCAUAUACGAAGGAUUUGAUUGAGGGUCUAGAUGAGGUGGACACAUCUCUUUGGAGGGACAUUGUACGCAUACAGAAGGAGUGGCUUGGGGAAUGUAACGGUUGCAGAUUCAACUUUGAACUCAGAAAUGAGGACGAGAAGUUUGCUGACCCAAUGAUUGUAUUUACUCAUAGUCCUGAGCUGGUGUAUGGGAUUUCUCAUAUAGCUUUGUCUCCCUCUCACAGACUUAACAACGCUGAGUACUACAUGAAUCCUGAGGAUGGUGAUAAGAAAAAUUUUGAUUUGAAAAUAAAAGCUAUCCAUCCAUUUACUGGAAAAGCAGUCCCUGUUGUGGUGUCCCAUACUACAAAAUUUGAUGAAAACAGUGAUGUCCAUUUAGCAAUCCCAGAUAUUUCUGAGGCUGACUGCCUUACUGCCACAGAACUGGACAUACCUGUACCCAGUGUACUGACCAGUGAUGGUCAAAAGGAGACAGUGGACAACUCUGCUCAGUUUUCCGGCAUGAGCAGAGAAGAGGCUUUGAAAGAAAUCACAGCAUAUGCCAGGGAGAGACAUAUCGGAGGUCACAUGUGUAGUUCAAAGCUGAAUGAUUGGUUAAUAUCAAGACAACGUUACUGGGGGACACCCAUUCCUUUGAUAAAGUGUCCCAAUUGUAAGAUUGUGCCUGUUCCAAUGAAAGACCUACCAGUGGAAUUACCUAGCCUUCCUGGUACCACAGAAAAAGGGAGGCCACCCUUAGCCCAGGUGUCAGACUGGUAUAAUGUUAAAUGUCCUAAGUGUGGUGGACCAGCUACUCGGGAGACUGACACCAUGGAUACAUUUGUUGAUUCUUCUUGGUACUUUUUCCGUUACCUUGACCCUAAGAAUACCAUCGCACCAUUUGAUAAGGACAAGGCUGACCGCUCCAUGCCUGUUAACCUCUAUAUUGGUGGCAAGGAACAUGCUGUUCUGCAUCUUUUCUUUGCCCGCUUCUUCAGCCAUUUUCUGUACAACUGUGGGUAUGUAUCCACCAGAGAACCAUUCAUCAACCUGUUAACACAGGGCAUGGUUCUAGGAGAAAGUUACAGUGUGGAUGGACGUUAUAUCUCAAAAGCUGAUGUAGACUUUUCAGGGCCAGCACCAGUUGAGAAGAGCACAGGACUAAAAGUGUUUUCACAGUGGGAAAAAAUGAGUAAAUCUAAAUACAAUGGGGUGGAUCCUCAGGAGAUAAUUGACAAGUAUGGCGUGGAUGCUACUCGUCUGUGUAUACUGUCCAACGUGGCCCCAAAAUCUGACCGCAAGUGGACGUAUGAAGUGUUUGUGGGUGUGAUGACGUGGCAGAGGCGUGUGUGGGACACGAUAAACAACUUCAUACAGGGACGAUCACAAAAUAUGCCCCUGACGUGUGAGGAAGAAAAAUUCCAGGAAUACGAAUGCUCUAUUUAUAACUUUCGUAAUGAAUGUUUAGUCAAGGUAACAGAACAACUCAGUCAGAGGUUUCUGAUAAAUUCAGCCAUAUCAAGGUUACAUGGAUAUUUGAAUAAUUUUAAGAAAAUACCCGUAGAUGUUCUUGUCCACAGUCAUCAAGCUGAGUUAGCUCUGGCUGACCUCAUCAUCAUGUUGUCGCCCAUGGCGCCAGCUUUUGCCUCGGAGCUCUGGACAGCUAUGAGCUCACAGGCGACCAGAACAACUGAUCAUAAAUGGGAUCUUGGCGUAUUGGACCAGUCAUGGCCUCUUGCUGAUCUAGAUUAUCCUUUGUCUCUAGAGUGCUGUAUAAACGAGAACACAUUAUUUCACCUGAAAAUACCACGGAAAGAAUUAGAACAGCUGUCUGAAGAGGAAGCCAUAGACAGAAUUACCAGUAACAGGCAGUUUCUGCCCUAUAUUGACAGGAAACCAAAGCCAAGCGGUUUUACGGUCAAUCGCGGAUGUAACGCAGUGGUGACCUUUUCUUCAAGUGUUGUUUUGAAGAACAAAAGCAAAACAUUUAAAAAGGCAAAAGUUAAAGCAAAAAAGGAAAAAUUAUCAACCAACCAACAAUGAAUGUCCCUAUAAAGUAUCUUUUUUUUAUUUUAAUAAAAUUGUGUUAGACUUUUUGCCUUCUAUUUGACAAACAUAUUUCAUUUCUUAUGUAUGUUCUGUGAGGUGUAUGGAGGAUUUUCUGCAAAAUGACUUUCUUGAAUUUCGUGACCACAGAAACAAUCACCACAGACGGAAUAGGGAAAGGAUAGUGAACAAUGACU